GCAACACUUACAGCUGACUUUUGUUUUGAAGCAUACCUUCAACUUUUUUCCAACCGAGUCUUUUACAAUUUAUUUUUUCUAUUGAGGCGUUUUUUAUUCAAAAUUAUCCGUUGCAAUAACCAAAUAAAAAUCAGCAUUGAAUUAAAUUAAGGUCAAAAUGUCCGCUGGUGCUAAAAUAGCUUUAGCUCUUUCCGUUGGGUUUUCGGCGAGUGUUAUUGGUUAUGUACACUACAAACAGAGUAGCGACCGUGCCCGCCUUCAUGAAGGGGUCGUCCGCGAUAUUGAGCGUCAACAACGUCGCAAAACCGAGAAUACAUAUCUCCUGCAAAAGCAAAUCGACUUAACAAAGCAACUCAAGGAUAUGGAAAGCACUGAACAACACCCGGAAGUUAAUCAGAAUUCCAAUAUACAAUAAAUAUGUUAAUAUAGAUAUCAAUAAAAUGAGUUAGUUCUAAGAAA